AUGGGGAAGCCCAAACCCAGACCUGCCACUAAGGGGGCUGGCAAGGGGAAGGCUACCGCUACUCAACGAGGAUCCAACACAGCCUCCCGUCCAGCCAGCGCAGGACGGACGCGGCUACUGCUACAAGGGGGAGGUAAUGCUGCAGCUCCUCCACCACCGCCACCGCCGCUGACUGCUCCGCCGGCUGCAUCGCCUCGAUCUGCACCUCCUGCUGAACCAGCGUUACGUGCAGCUGGUCGAGCACGUACGACAGGAGUGUCAUGCACGUCCCAACGUGCAUCACGCGCUGCUCGACGCGAGUUGGGGGCUCGCCAGGAACCAAGGCAGGGGGAGGAGGCGGGCUUGGGGCGUGCAGGAGAGGUGACGGUGGAAAUUGGGGCAUUGGGGGACGAGGCGGCUGCGGCUGGAAGGGCAGGGGAAAACAGCGUAGCGGGGACUGUGCGGGUGGCCGCUGUGGUGCCCAGGACGGCGGCUGCAACGGUGCCUGAGGUAUUUGCGGCUGCUGCGUCUGCAGUGGAGACGGUGGCGGACCCGGUGCAUGCUGGCGGUUCUACCGCUGCCUUUGGCGGCGGCUCAACUUCACCCUCUGCCGCCCCACGGGUUGCGCAGUCGGAGGCUGAGGAGCCAAGUCCGGGCGCGGAUCAGGAGCAGACCGCGGAGGCGGCGUUGUCAGCGUUGCCGGCACCUGUGACGGCGGCUGUGCUGGCGGCGGCGGUGUCUGCUGCCACUGGGAAGCAGGGCGGAGCCCCGACGGCGGAAGACGUGAUGAUUGCCGCAGCGAGCGCCGAAACGCCUGUUGCUGCCGUGGCCGCAAACAGGUAG